ACCUAGCUUGAUCGUACAGACAGGGUUUGUUUACAGUUUACACAACGUGCUCCGAAGUCGUGACUCCAGACCUGCCUGAAGUUCGAGAGAUCUUAGAUCUAGAAAGAAUCUAGAGAUCUAGAUUAGAUUUCUAGAGAUCUGGUUGGUUGCAGCUACUUUUGAAUAUCCAAACGGUGGAAAUCAGUUGUGCACAUCAUAAAAAAAGAAGUCAACAUGCUUAGAUGGCAGUUUCAACGUUGUGGUGGUCAGUCCGGGCAAAGUAGAAAACGGUCCCUGUCAUCCCCUCAUAAAACAGAGGUUUCCACAUUUUCUAUGACUGAGGAGGAUACACUUGAUGCCCGUGAGGCUUCUUUGGAGGAAGAUGUUUUGGGCAUUGGAGAAAAUAUCGUGGACAAUUUGCCAGAGAAUUCCCAAAGAAAGCUGAAAAGAAAGAAGAAAAGAAAGUCAUCGGAGGAAGGAAAAAAAAAGUGGGAGGAUUCAGACGAUGAGCAAGCUAAAGAAUUUGACACUGUAACUCCCUCUUGGGCUGGAGCGUUUGAUGAUGAAAAGUCUGAUGACAGUGAUGACGAAACGUUGAAAGCACACAGCUACCACAGCACGGGUGUAUCUACCAAUCUUUUGUCAAGUUCUUUCAACUUCAAGCGGGUUACAGAUGGCAAUAAAGAGGAGCCAAGCAAGGCGAGUCUCAGAACAGUAGAGUUUCAUCCAAAAGCAACAGUUCUGUUAACAGGAGGGCCAGACAAUACAGUGCGACUUUUUGCUGUUGACGGAAGCAAAAACCGAAAGAUUCACAGCUUGUUCCUGGAGAGAACCCCAGUUUUCUGCACCCACUUCAGCCGUGGGGGAAGUGAAGUCAUCAUUGGCUCCAAGCAUAAAAGUUUUUACGUGUAUGAUCUUGAAGGAAGUAACGGGAUCACUUUUAGGCCAAAGGUGAAAGGCUUGGAGGUCACUGCUAUGUCCAAGUUUGUUGUGUCACCAGAUGAACGAUUUAUUGCAUUCUUGGGCACCUAUGGUCAUAUUCAUCUUUUCUCUCAAAAGAGUAAAGAAUUGAUUGAGACUCUGAAAAUGAAUGACUCCGUGAAGUCGGUGUCCUUUUCCAAAGAUGGAAAGCUCAUGUAUUCAUUUGGCUCUGAAGGUUUGGUGUAUGUGUGGGACAUGGACACUCGAGACUGCAUACACCGUUUCUAUGAUGGAGGCUGCAUUGACGGGUCAUGUGUUGCCGCUUCGCCAGACAACAGUUAUGUGGUGUGUGGAUCAAAGAGUGGCAUUGUCACUGUGUACGACAGGGAGAAUGCUCUGAGCUCACGUCACCCAACUCCUGUGAAGCACAUCAAGAAUUUGACUACCAUUUGCAGCGGAGCUCUCUUCAAUUCUCAGUCAGAGAUACUGGCCUUGCGGUCAAAAGCUGUGGAAAAGGCUAUCAGAUUGGUGCACUUUCCAUCUCUGUCAGUUCUGCCCAAUUUUCCUGAGCAGUUUGACCACGACAUGAAGAUGAUCCUCAGUCUGGACUUCUCUCCUUCCAGCGGCUACUUAGCUCUCGGGAAUAACAAAGGCCGGUGCUUGCUCUACAGACUGCAGCAUUACAACAAAUACUAGAGCUGCAAAGUUGACUUGGAUGCUUGAGAUGUGCUAUCUAUAAACACUGUCCGAGUUCUGGAAGUGGAAAGUGAUUUUGAAAAAUCAGCAAAGAUUUGCAUCCAUUCAGACAGCUACUUGCAUCAUGUCAAAGGAUGCGUCACCUGUGCAGUUGUAUUAAACCUGGUCUUGGACUCAUUUGAAAAGCAUUGUGAAGUUUAAAUCAUUGCAUCGUACGGCGCUAAUAAAGAUAUUUAUUGGAAAAAAGAG